AUGGCCGGAGAGACUGGACCCAUCUCGGUCUCGCAGACUCAGGCGAUGGUUAUGAUCGCGUUCGCCGCGACCGCAUAUUUCAACACCAUCGAAACCUUCUUCUCCAUAUUCACGACAUUCAAGCGCCGGCGAGGGAGAUACUUCUGGAGCAUGAUCGUGUCGAAUACCGGAAUCAACAUCAACGUGAUCGCCUUUAUCCUGCGAUACUUCGGCUACUAUAAGAAAGCGGUAUUCGCCUCGAGCAUCAUCAUCCCGAUUGCUUGGUACUCGAUGGUUACAGGCCAGGCCAUCGUGCUCUGGUCACGAUUGCACCUUGUUGUACACAGCCAGCGAACGAUCCGCUUGAUAUUGACAAUGAUCAUAUUCAACGCCGUUACGAUGCAUAUCCCAGAGACGGUCAUCUUCUUUCUCGCCAACGCGAUUCCCAAGAAGUAUUCCGCGCCGUUCAAGAUAUACGAAAAAGUCGAACUGGUCGUCUUCACCAUUCAGGAGACUAUAAUCGCAUACCUCUUUCUCUACGAGGGCUACAAGAGCCUCAAGCCUCUCAGUGCGAUCAAACCGAAAGCCGUCACAAACAUGGUUUGGCACUUGGCGUCACUGUUCGCCGUCGUCUUCCUACUUGACACAGGUCUAAUCGUUCUGGAAUACCACGACAAAUUCGAGAUUCAGACUAUGUGCAAGCCGUUUGUCUACAGUGUCAAGCUCAAAGUCGAGUUCAUCGUUCUCAACAAACUCUUGUCGUUCACUCGGAUGAGCGCCUGCGACUGUCGAGGCCCCGAGAGCAUACCUUCAAACGAAUUAGCCGACAACAACAACAACAAUCGCACGACGGCUGUUAAUAACGGAGUUCUGUUGGCACUUCCGGCCAUAGAGCAGACGAAUGGAUCGCUGUCUCCAUUGUGGCGGGCAGUUCAAAGAGACUAUAUUUAUGAUGGGCGGACCUCUCCAAUGAGUACCAGAAGCAGACAACUGACGAGGGACGGCGACUUGGAGGUCAAUACAGAAGAAGACAAAGUGGUCGUAUCAAUAAUACGUGAGAAGCCAUUGGUGACGGACAAUGGGUAA